GCCUUGGAGAUCCGAAGGCUCUGCGAGAGGGCCUUGGAUCGGAUGGAGGAAGAUGAGGACCCAGCCAAUGGAAUCGAAGAAGAGUAUAAGUCCAAGUUCAACAAGGCCUUCAUGUGGCAAAGCAGAAGGCUGUUUGGCCGGCACCACAUUCGCGUCUAUGCGCGCAAAGAGGUCUCUGGCAAGACGGAUUUCAUGGACUUCGUGAAGUCUGCAAGAAAUCGGAACCCUCCACCACCUGAGCCUGUGAAGGAGUCAACUGAAGCUCCAGCAGCCGACGCCACCCCGGCAGAAGCCCCGGCAGCGGCUGUGGGCAAGGAAACUCCUGCAGUUGCGGAUGUGUUGGAGGCUGCCGUGGCAGCGGCUGAAGCAGUAGCACCCGAGAAGACGCCAGGCGAGGGCCCUGCAGCUGCCCUGGAG